AGAGAGAGAGAGAGAGGGAUAGAGACAGAAAGAGAGAGAGAGACAGGGAGAGAGAGGAAACAGGAAAAAGGAACUUCUACUCCCAGUGCCUGGACAGAGCAGAGCUGAGAGGGUGAAAGGGGGUGUGGAGGGUCGAGAGAGAAAGAGAGAGAGAGAAAGCGAGAGAGAGAGUUCCAGCUCUUCACUCAGGGAGGAGGGAUGUUUUCAGAGGUUUGUUUCUGACUCUGUUUCUCUGGGCUCUCUGAGCUCUGAAGCUCUGCUCUGGAUGUGGACGUGCUGCCCCGUGUCCCGCGCCCCCGGUGGCCCCCUGUCCCGCCGCCGGGGGUACACGCCUCACCCCUCCGGCUCCGUCACGCUCUGUCUGCUCAGCUAUCUCCUCACAGGCAGUGCUCUGGACAUCUCAGACCUCACCCUGAUAAACCCAGACCCCGUGGUCUCCUCAGGGGACGCCUCUCUGUACUGUGUGAGCAGCGACUGGACGCCCACUAGCUCAUCUUCCCUCAGUCUGGGGCGGGACUUCCCCCGGUCCGAACCAGAGAUUCCCACCCCCACUGUGGACAAGACAUACCGAUCCUCCACCAAGGUCACAUGGAGGACACGCCACAACGUCUUCGGAGCGUUCUUCUGCCAGACCAAAAACUCGGGCAGCGGCAAAGUCUACACUUAUAAAAUGCUGAAUGAAGCUGCGUUCCUUCCUGAAGCUCUUACUCUGACAGCCAGUAUUGGAGAAGAUGUCAACAUGCUCUUCACAAGGAGGAAGGUGGCCCAGGAGGACACGGUCAUCUACAAGGCUUCGCUGCAGACAUCCGGGACGGGAGACCCGUCUUUUGAGCACUCCGUACCUAAAGAGGACAUCAUGGACUCAGUGCCUUACAAUAUUAACAACGUUUCAGCAGCACACGCAGGACUCUACACCAUCCGCUACAUCUCUGAAGGCCUGCCCACCUCCGCCAUCACCCGUCUGAUAGUGAGGGGAUGCAGGUCUGGAAUGUGGGGGCCCGGCUGCACUAAGACCUGCCCAGCCUGUAGUAAUGGAGGAGUGUGUGACGACAAGACAGGAGAGUGCAUCUGCCCUCCAGGCUUCAAGGGUCCCACCUGUGACACAGUGUGUGGUGAGGGUCGCUUUGGGAAGAGCUGUAAGGAGCGCUGUAUGGACAGUCAGUGCCGCACCCUCGUCUUCUGCCUCAGGGACCCCUACGGCUGCUCCUGCGCCUCCGGGUGGACUGGCCUGAACUGCAGCAAGGCAUGUCCACCUGGCUAUUACGGCGCUGGCUGUAAGCUGAAGUGUGAGUGUGAAAUGGAAGGAAAGUGUGACCGUUUCAGAGGAUGUGUGUGUCCUGGGAGACACGGCUCCCGCUGUGAAAAAGAAGACAAAGCUCCAGUCAUUCUGAGCACUCUGAUGCACACCGAGCUGAACUCUGGAGCCACCUACAGCGUAAACUGCACUGUCUACGGCCAGCCGGCACCCUUACAUGGAGAAAUCCUGCUGCUCAAACCAGACAAGACCAUCCUAUACGCUGUGGAAACAGAGACGUCAGGACACCAGACCACCUCCAUGUUCCAGGUGGAAAAGAUCGCCAUGGCUGACAGCGGCCGAUGGCUUUGCCAAGUGAAGACCACCAGCGUCCAGGUGGAGAAAGAUUUUAAUGUUAAUGUUAAAGUUCCUCCAAAGCCGCAGAACCCUCCUUCACUGAACAGCAGUGGGCCGUAUCAUCUGGUAGUGGUGGUCAACAAAGAUCCGUACACUGGAGAUGGACCUCUCACUUCAGUGAAGGUGGCCUACAGACAGGCCAAUUCAUCAUCGUGGGAGACAGUGGAAGUGAAUGGUUCUCAGGUGAAGCUGGAGAAUCUCUCCCCGAUGACUGAAUACACCGCAUUCGUGCAGCUAAGUCGAGGUGGACAUGGAGGGACUGGCAACCCAGGACCAGAGGCUAGCUUCUUUACACAAAUGCUUGAUAUGCCUCUCCCACUAGGGGUCAAACUGACCCCUCUGAAUCAGACCUCCCUGGCCCUGUCCUGGGAUCCCACCCCCAGCACAGCUCUGGGUAAAGACGACUGGUUCUAUGAGGUGACGUGUCGGCAGGGAGAUGACAUAGCCAGUUCAUGGAGCCUCCAGCUGCACUCCAACUCCAACGGCACUCAGCUGACCAAUCUGAAGCCCAGACAAAAGUACCAGUGCAGGGUAGGGCUGAGCAGCCGGGCGGCGGGCCAGGCCUGCCCCACCGUGAGCGCCUGGACCCUCAGCAACGUGAUCCCUCCUGCUCCCUCUGAUGUCUCCGCCUCCAACACCACCGAUUCCUCCACCAUCAUAUCUUGGAACAUUGCUGAAGGUCAUUCUAUCUCUAAAGUGAUUAUUCGCUACCUGGAGGCAGAGGAGGCUGACUACAAGCAGCAGGUGGAGCUGGGGGUGCAGGCAGGUCAGAGAAGCAUGCACUUCCAGCUGCGUGGUCUCAGAUCCAAUGCUGACUAUCUGCUGGAGCUCUGGACCAUCAAUAAUAUUGGAGAGAGUGCAGAGAAAGCGGAGAUCCCCCUGAAGACACUGACCCCACAAGAGAGCGCACGGCUGUAUGGCUUUGGUGCAGAUGGGAACAUGCUGUUUUAUGCGAUUCUGGGUUCGGCUGGAAUGACCUGCCUGACCAUCCUGCUGGCCUUCUGCAUCGUCCUGCAGCUGAAGAGAGCCUCCUUUCAGAGACGCAUGAGAGAGGAACCGGUGGUCCAGUUUAACUCGGGCUCUCUGACCAUGCCUAAAAAACCCCGCACCUCCACCCAGUCCGUCACCUAUCCCAUGCUGGAGUGGAGCGACAUCAAGUUCCAGGACGUGAUCGGAGAGGGGAACUUCGGCCAGGUGCUGAAAGCUCGAAUCAAGAAGGACGGGCUGAGGAUGGACGCCGCCAUCAAGAGGAUGAAAGAAUACGCCUCUAAAGAUGAUCACCGGGACUUUGCGGGGGAGCUGGAGGUGCUGUGUAAAUUGGGCCAUCACCCGAACAUCAUCAACCUGCUGGGGGCCUGCGAACACCGAGGUUAUCUGUAUUUGGCUAUUGAAUACGCCCCUCACGGUAACCUGCUGGACUUCCUGAGGAAGAGCCGGGUGCUGGAGACAGACCCCGCCUUCGCCAUCGCCAACAGCACCGCCUCCACCCUCACCUCACAGCAGCUGCUUCACUUCGCUGCAGAUGUAGCCCGAGGGAUGGAUUACCUGAGCCAGAAACAGUUUAUCCACAGAGAUUUAGCAGCCAGAAACAUCCUGGUGGGGGAGAACUUCGUAGCGAAGAUCGCUGAUUUCGGCCUCUCGCGAGGGCAGGAGGUUUACGUCAAGAAGACAAUGGGCCGUUUACCAGUGCGAUGGAUGGCCAUUGAGUCUCUGAACUACAGUGUGUAUACAACCAACAGUGACGUAUGGUCAUAUGGGGUGCUUCUCUGGGAGGUGGUGAGUUUAGGUGGGACGCCGUACUGUGGCAUGACCUGCGCUGAACUUUAUGAAAAGCUGCCGCAGGGCUACCGUCUGGAGAAACCCCUCAACUGUGAUGACGAAGUAUAUGAGCUGAUGAGACAGUGCUGGAGAGAGAAGCCCUACGAAAGACCCUCAUUCGCUCAAAUCCUGGUGGCACUCAACCGAAUGCUGGAGGAGAGAAAGACGUAUGUAAACACCACGCUGUAUGAGAAAUUCACCUAUGCGGGCAUCGACUGCUCUGCAGAGGAGGCCGGCUGAUCCGGGCUGUUCCCGGCUGUUCCUGGGCCUUUAUCUUUAUCAGCCUGGGAGAAGAGGAAGGCCUGGAGCUGCUGCGUGAAGCUCCUAUGUUGUGGCCAUGUAUAAUAUGGGUAUUAAAGUUUAUGUAAUCCUCUGAUCAGGAUUCACGGACUACAAUUCUGUUGCACACAUUGUGUAUUCCAGCUGUCUGAUUACUAAAAAAAGAGUAUCAUCAAAACAUCCCAGUCAGUGUGUGUGAGUGUGUGUGUGUGUGUGUGUGUGUGUGUGUGUGUGUUGUGUGUGAAAGCAGCUGUAUAAAGGCUCUGGCGGAGUGUGUGAUAACCCUGUGUGUUGUGUGUGUGUGUGUGUGUGUGUUCCUGUAUUAAACAUGUUUCUGAGAGCUGAGAGCAGAAACUGUAGAUGUAUAAUAGAAAUCCUGAGCUGGAGACGCAGCGUUUGUAUGAUUUCUGCUGAGAGACUGGGCUUCGGAGAGCUACUGUAAAUGGCACUUUGUGCAAACAUGUUGGAAAACUGUACUCUGAUGACUUUUAUGGGACCAAUAAACUUUUUUUUAAUUGUGAAA